CUUUUCUUCCCUCUUUUUCUCUCUUGUUUACUUACAUGCAUUCUUCUGCUUCUGUUUUCUUCUGAUUGCAGAGGCAGAAAAGGGAGAAAACAGAGCUUAUUUUGGGUAUUUUCCAACACUUCUUAACGAGAUCCUGAUUUUCUAAGAAAAAACCAGGUCAAUUUCAUCUGUUUUUCUCUAAAAAUGGAUCGAAUUUCAUCGACAACCCUUCUACCAGACACAUUUGUGGGUGCAAGAGAUGAUAUUACAGGGCACUUUAUGAUCAUUUGGGAUCAAAUGAAAGCACCAUUGAUUGUACCUUUGCUUAGAAUUGCUCUGUUUUUGUGUUUGUUGAUGUCAGUAAUGUUGUUCGUUGAAAGGGUAUAUAUGAGCAUUGUUAUUGUUCUUGUAAAAAUAUUUGGAAAUAAACCUGAAGAAAGAUACAAAUGGGAGCCUCUAAAAGAUGAUUUGGAGCUGGGAAAUUCAGUUUAUCCCACUGUUCUAAUUCAAAUCCCAAUGUUCAACGAAAGAGAGGUGUAUCAACUCUCAAUUGGAGCUGCAUGUAGCCUUUCUUGGCCGUCUGAUCGUAUUAUAAUUCAAGUUCUCGAUGAUUCAACAGACCCCAUUGUCAAGAAUAUGGUGGAAAUGGAGUGCCAAAGAUGGGCAAGCAAAGGGAUUAAUAUUAAAUACGAAAUUCGGGACAAUAGGACUGGAUACAAGGCAGGGGCACUAAAACAGGGCUUAAAGCACAACUACGUAAAGCACUGUGAUUAUGUAGCUAUAUUUGAUGCAGAUUUCCAACCCGAACCAGAUUUUCUACGGCGAACAAUCCCCUUUUUAGUGCACAAUCCAGAACUUGCUCUUGUUCAGGCUCGUUGGAAAUUCGUAAAUGCUGACGAAUGCUUGAUGACAAGAAUGCAAGAAAUGUCACUAGACUAUCAUUUCACUGUGGAGCAAGAAGUAGGAUCCGCCACCCAUGCUUUCUUUGGCUUCAAUGGAACUGCUGGUGUGUGGAGAAUUGCAGCAAUUGACGAAGCUGGGGGAUGGAAGGAUCGGACAACAGUUGAGGAUAUGGAUCUGGCUGUCCGAGCUAGUCUCAAAGGCUGGAAAUUCUUAUACCUCGGCACUCUCAUGGUUAAAAAUGAAUUGCCAAGCACAUUCAAAGCCUUUCGCUACCAACAACAUCGUUGGUCAUGUGGUCCUGCCAAUCUUUUCAGAAAAAUGUUCUCUGAGAUUGUAAGAAAUAAGAAAGUAUCUUUUUGGAAAAAAGUUUAUGUAAUAUACAGCUUCUUCAUGGUCAGGAAGAUCACAGCCCAUAUAGUUACGUUCGUGUUUUACUGUAUUGUAUUGCCUGCGACGGUAUUAGUACCUGAAGUUGAAGUUCCGAAGUGGGGAUCAGUUUACAUACCUGCAAUCAUUACCGUACUCAAUGCAGCUGGAACUCCAAGAUCACUUCAUUUGCUGGUGUUCUGGACUCUUUUUGAGAAUGUCAUGUCAUUACACCGGAGUAAAGCUACAUUGAUUGGCCUGUUGGAGGCAGGGAGAGUAAAUGAAUGGGUUGUCACUGAUAAACUCGGGGAUGCACUCAAGUUAAAGUCAGCCGUAAAAGCUUUUAAGCGACCUCGAUUCAGGAUUGGAGAGAGAAUCCAUUUGAUGGAGCUUGGGAUGGGUGCGUAUCUCUUCUUUGUUGGCUGUUACGACUUGGCAUUCGGGAAAAACCACUAUUUUGUCUACCUCUUCGCUCAAGCUGUUACCUUCUUCAUCGUGGGAUUUGGUUAUGUCGGAACUUUUGUUCCCCCUUCAUAAUUAGAACUACCGAACUGCUCGACUGAUCAUCUGCCGUUCAUCGCCCUGUGCUUACGAAUUCUCUUUUCAGCAUGACGCAGAAGUGGCAUCUUCGACAAUGUCGAUCCCUUUGCAGUUUUUUUGCCGUUUGGAGGAAGAACAAGGUCAUCCUACUAGGUUAAGCAUGAGAGUUGAAGCUGUGACUUGAAUGAUUUGAAAAGUGAAUUACAGAAACAUAAAUGGGAGAGCACAUUGUUUUUUGUAGCAGGUAAUUUAGAAUGAUUGCUAGCAGAAUUUUAAUUUUUUUCUGAUUGUUUAAGAAUCUGAUAAAAAAAUAACCUAGGUGAUAUUAAUGUAUUUUCUUCGAUUUGUUUGAAAUCUGCAGCAAAAUAAAAUA